GCGCGAUGGGUGCCGAGGCCUCCGGGAGCGGGCCAGCGCUCCGGGAGCUGGUGCGAGAGGCCGAGACCAGCCUGCUCGAAUGCAAGGUGUGCUUUGAGCGGUUCGGCCACCGCCAGCAGCGGCGCCCACGCAACCUGCCCUGCGGCCACGUGGUCUGCCUGGCCUGCGUGGCCGCCCUGGCGCACCCGCGGACGCUGGCCCUCGAGUGCCCCUUCUGCCGGCGAGCCUGCAGGGGCUGCGACACCAGCGACUGCCUGCCGGUGCUGCACCUCCUGGAGCUCCUGGGCUCCGCGCUGCGCCCGGCCCCAGCCGCUCCCCGCGCCGCCCCCUCCGCCCCCGGGGUCCUCACCUGCCACCACGCCUUCGGAGGCUGGGGGACCCUGGUCAACCCCACUGGGCUGGCGUUGUGUCCUAAGACGGGGCGGGUUGUGGUGGUGCACGACGGCAGGAGGCGUGUCAAGAUCUUUGACGCGGGGGGAGGAUGUGCGCAUCAGUUUGGAGAGAAGGGGGACUCUGAUCAGGACAUUAGGUAUCCACUUGACGUCACCGUCACCAACGACUGCCAUGUGGUUGUCACCGACGCCGGCGACCGCUCGAUCAAAGUGUUUGACUUCUUUGGCCAGAUCAAGCUUGUCAUCGGAGGCCAGUUCUCCUUGCCUUGGGGUGUGGAGACCACCCCUCAGAAUGGGGUCAUGGUAACUGAUGCGGAGGCGGGGUCCCUGCACCUCCUGGAAGUCGACUUUCCAGAAGGGGUCCUCCGGAGAACUGAACGGUUGCAAACUCACCUGUGCCAUCCCCAGGGGGUGGCGGUGUCCUGGCUCACCGGGGCCAUUGCGGUCCUAGAGCACCCCCUGGCCGUGGGGACCGGGGCCUGCAGCACCACGGUGAAGGUGUUCAGCGCAAGUAUGCAGCUCAUUGGCCAGGUGGAUGCCUUUGGGCUGAGCCUCUUUUUCCCCUCCAAAAUAACCGCCUCCGCUGUGACCUUUGAUCACCAGGGGAACGUGAUUGUUGCCGAUACUUCUAAUCUGGCUGUCCUGUGCUUAGGAAAACCUGAGGAGUUUCCAGUACUGAAGCCCAUCAUCACCCACGGUCUUUCCCAUCCUGUGGCACUGACCUUCACCAAGGAAAAUUCUCUUCUUGUGCUGGACAGUGCAGCCCAUUCUAUAAAAGUCUAUAAGGUUGACUGGGGGUGAUGGUGGGAGUCUUGGGGCCUGGCAUCAGAAACCCUGGCGCUGCCACUGCUGAAUUGUGGAACCCUGGAUAAAUUACUUAAUCUCAUCUGUUCAACAGAGAUAAUUAUAAGUGCCUGGUAGACUUACAAAGGUUGGGACAAUUAUUAAAGGAUAAUAAUUAAA